AUGGUCCCCAGUCGCGUGGAUGAUGACUUCGAGGUCAAAGAACCCAAGACCGUCUAUGAUAUCAACAUUCCAUACCAGAGCCAGUCUGAAGAUUAUGAGCGCCGCACUCGCGAUAGAACCGAGUUCCCCGAAUACUUGCCUCACUGGGAGGCCGGUGAAUUCUACCCCGCAUUCCCCGAGUUCGAAUAUCAUGAUCCUGCGCUGCGAGCAGAUCCACACAUGCCGCACCUCUUGACGGCCGGCGUGACGGCCCAGCCAGUCACUCCGCGGAUGGGGACCAUCCUCACCGGCGUCAAGCUUGAAACGCUCUGUCAAGACGCCAAAGACGAGCUUGCGCUCCUGAUAUGCGAGCGGAAGUUCGUCGUCCUCCGAGAGCAGCUCGACUUCUUGCGCUCCGGGCCGCAAUUCCAGAAAGACUUCAUGUCGUAUUUCGGCAAGCUCAGUCGCCAGCCGGUUUCGGGUGCCGUCAAGGGCCACCCCGAGUUCCACAUCAUCCACCGCGACGGCAACGAGAAGGACAUUGCCAAGUUCUUCAAGCACAAGAUGACGACGACGCUCUGGCACCACGACGUCUCCUACGAGCGACAGCCCCCCGGAUACGUCAUGUUGGGAAUCCUCGCGUGCCCGGACAUUGGCGGCGACACGGUCAUUGCCGACAUGGCCACCGCCUACCAGCGUCUCUCGCCCCUCUUCCAGGGCAUGAUCGACCAGCUCUCGGCCGUGCACACCUCGCGCAAGAUGAUUGGGCACGCCAGGGCCAGCAAGCUGCUCGUGCGAUCCGACCCCGUCGACUCGGUCCACCCGAUGGUCCGCGUGCACCCGGUGACGGGCGAGCGGGCCAUCUUCUACAACCAGGAGUUUCCCGACGAGGUGCUGGGCCUGAAGGACAUGGAGGCGGAGGCCAUCACCAAGUUCCUGAUUGAUUCGGUGAAGAACGGCCACGACUUCCAGGCGAGGGUGCACUGGGAGAAGCACUCGGUGGUGAUGUUUGACAACCGGACUACCCUGCACACGGGUACUGUAGACUACGACACGACAGCGCAAGCAAGACACCUCUUCCGCCUCGCCGCCAUGACCGAGGUCCCGCUCUCGGUAGCAGAGAGCAAGACGAUGCGCGGAUAG